AUGGAUGUGCCCAGGAUGGUCGAGGGCCACUUCAGCCACACGCAGUCCUAUUCAGGAGGCGGCAGUCACGAUGCGCACUACCUGACGCUGGAGCAAAAGGCUGCCUUCGUCUUUGUGUUGCUGCUUUUCAUCUUCCUGGCCCUGCUCAUAGUGCGUUGUUUCCGCAUUCUGCUGGACCCAUACCGCAGUAUGCCCUCCUCCAACUGGACAGACCACACAGAGAAAGACACGUUUGAUUAUCGCAUCGUCUGA